AUGAGUGCCCCCCCUCCGCCCCCGCCUCACGGCGAGAUGCCGCGGUCGGGAGGCCUUCCCCCAGGCAAAUAUGACAUUUUUGUAAUUCCCGAACACUCAGCCGGCUCUGGGUUUCUAUACCUACCGUCUCUGCAGCCCAACAUCAACAGCUUCGUCGCUGGUUUCGCCUCGGCCUUGAUACUCGUGGCUUUGUGCCAGAGCAUGGCGCCUGCCUUUCGCGCCUGGUGGGACAGUUUCCAAGGUCUUGGCAACAUGGGCAUCACCCUCCUCAUUGUCGGUGUCGGAUUCGGCGCUUGGGCUCUUGGACGGACGCAAAACGACUCGGGCUCCUCAUCCAGUUCCAAACCCAAUCCCUCCAGCCCUCCUCCGCCCAACUCAGGGCCCAGUGCUGGUCCAGCCCCUGGCGGAUACGCCUCAACACCGCCGCCCAAUGAGGCGCCGCCACCUCCUCCUCCGAACGCUGGCCCUGAGAAACCGCAGUCCUCCUGGCAGAGACCACCGCCACAGACGGGGAAUAAAAGACCCGAGAACCCCAAGCCGUCAGCCAAAGGAUCCUGGGAAAAAGCGCGAGAUGAAAUGAGGAAGAAGGAAGAAGAGCGGAAAGCCAAGGAAGCUGAGCAGAAGCGCCGUGAUGAUCUCGCCAAGCGGUUAGCAGAGCUUCGUGCCAAGGAAGCCAAAGAGAGGUUAGAACGAGAAAAGGAGAAGCAGCGGAAAGAAAAGGAAAUAGCCGACAAGAAGGAGAAGGAAGCCAAGGCUGCCGAGGCAAAAGCUGCGGCGGCCAAGGCCGCAGAAGCCAAGACUGCCGCAGAGAAAGCAAAGGCGGCAGCACCAGCACCGUCACAAGCACCGACACAAACGCCCUCGCCGACAGCAAACCGUGCAGGAAGCAGUUACGCCUAUUCAGGUGUUGGGGAAAAGAUGAGCAUGUGGCCUAACGGAAAACCUCCAGCGCCGAGCUCACCCACACCAAAGGCACCACCGAGUCCGCCUAAGAAGCCACCAGCGCCGACCGCGAGGACGUUUGUCAGCACUGACGAAGACGCAUUUUCAUACCGCCCGUACGAUAAGCCGAGGAGACCGCAACGACGCAACUCCGGCGGCUCCAUGGCCUCCGAUGGCUCCUGGGCACCAUCUCACACAACAGCUCGCACCUCGCCUCCGCCGUCCAUGCGCGGUCCGUAUACCACCAAAGAUCCAGACAAGAUCGUCAUACAGGCUGUAUAUCUCUUCAUGAAUCAAUACGCCAAAACGCCUGCGAGCCAGCUCAUUUCAGGCGUGGGCUCCGUCACCGACGGUCUCAUCUUGCGCAUCACCACUGAAGGUUUGUUCAUUGACGAUGACGUUCGCGGCGUGCCACAGCGCGAAUGGGACGUCAAAGCAUGGACCCUCAAGCUGGUCGAGUCGGGCGAGUGGAAAGCCAGAGGGCUUCAUUUGCUUCGCGCUACAGUUCGUGACCAGGACGGCAAGCGAUAUCUCUUUGUCAUCGACGAGACCGAACACUGGAAGGUUGGCGCCUCGCUCCAGCGUCUGCGCCGCGGUGCUCAAGCUCGACAAUUGGGCGUCUGCAGCAUGACGGCGUCGGAAGCAAAGAAUAGCUUAGAGACGCUUGGCUGGGCUGCCUAG